GCACCUCACUUCCUUCGAGGAGCCAUCAUGGCGAUUCCCGAUCUCGCCCUUGGCCAAGCGAAUGUCAACAACGCCUGGAUCCCGACUCUUCAUCUACACUGGCGUGCCUUACGUCCCUGACCAGGCGGCCUGCGAAGUUACAGCUUCCGAAGCAGAUCAAAG